CCCCUGUCGCCCUCUCUCACAGGGGACCAGAGAGGCCGGCGGACUCCAUCUCCCAGCCGGCGGGUCUCUUCCCCUUCGGCCGGGAGGGAAGAGAGAGCAGCGAACCCAGAAACGAGCUAAAGUUCAGAGUUUUUGUUGUUCUUCUUAUCUUUUAUAUUUUAGAUUAUAUAUAUAUAAUUUAAUAUAUAGUAAUAUAUAAUAUAGGAUAUAAUAUAGAUCGACAGACUUGUCAUGGUGGCUUGUGGGGUGAAAGCUAUGCGGUAAUCUGUGGUUCUCUGGUCGGUUCUCCCCUCGGAGUGAGAGAGGAGCCGCAGAGCCUCCCUUCACCUCCCUCCUGGAGGACGACAGGGUCCGGGUCCGGGUAAUAGUACCGGGUGUCCGUCCACACGGUCCUGGUGUCCGUCCAGCAGUGCCCGGCUCAUGUCUUCAUGAUGUUCAGACUCAGAGCAUCGUUCCUGAAAGCCUAAUAUGUGUGUCUGUUCCAGGGAUGUCUGACAGUGUGCGUCUGGACGUUCCAGACUUCAGUAACUCGGUGCUGUCUCACCUGAACCGGCUGCGGCUCCAGGGCCGACUCUGUGACAUCGUGGUGAGCGUGGAGGGCGAGGGCUUCAGGGCCCAUAAGGUGGUUCUGGCCGCCAGCUCGCCCUACUUCAGGGACCACAUGGCCCUGGGCCAGAUGAGCACCGUGUCGCUGGCGGUCAUCAGGAAGCCCCGGGUGUUCGAGCAGCUGCUGGCCUUCUGCUACACGGGCCGCCUCAGCCUGCAGCUCGCCGACAUCGUCAGCUACCUCACGGCCGCCAGCUUCCUGCAGAUGCAGAGCGUCAUCGACCGCUGCACCGCGCUGCUGGAGGGCAUCCACCUCAAGAUCAACCUGGGGGGGGGGGGCCCGGGUGAGCUCAGGGGCCUGGGGCCAGGGGCCGAGGGCCAGGAACCCCAGCUGAGGAUGGACCAGGAGGGCCAGUGGUUCGUAGAGAGUAGUGAGCAGCAGCAGGAGGAGGAGGAGGAGGGGGGGGGGGGGCUGCAGAUCAAGACGGAGAGGGUGGAGGAGUGGAUGGAGGAGGAGGAGGAGGAAGAGGAGGAGGAACUCCCAGGAGGAGGGGCCGCAGAGGUGGAGGCCACAAUGCUGAUUGACAGGUCGGACCGGAGCUCUCUGGUGCAGGAAGACGGGCCCUCCAGCAGUCAGACAGACAGGGUCAGUCCUACAGACAGCGUCCUGAUCCUCGCUGGGCACCGGAGAGCAAAGAGUGAAUCUCCAGGGGCAGACGAAGCCCAGCAACCCAGCUCCCAGGGGGAGGAGCCUGCGGCCGUGGACUUGGGGGGGUACGAGGAGUACCUGAGAGAGCAGGUGGGCGACCGCUGGUUCCGCUACAACCCGCGGCUCACCUGCAUCUACUGCUGCAAGUCCUUCAACCAGAAGGGCAGCCUGGACCGCCACAUGCGGCUGCACAUGGGCAUCACGCCCUUCGUCUGCCGCAUCUGUGGGAAGAAGUACACCCGCAAAGACCAGCUGGAGUACCACAUCCGGAAGCACACCGGGAACAAGCCCUUCCACUGCCACCUCUGUGGGAAGAGCUUUCCCUUCCAGGCCAUUCUGAACCAACACUUCCGGAAGAACCAUCCGGGCUGUACGCCCCAGGAAGGAGCUCACAGCGCCUCCCCCGAGACCACAGCCCCCUCCUCCAGAGCGGGCCAGGACCACCACUCCUCCCCCAGAGAUGAGCACCCUGAUGGGGGAGGGUCUGAAGGGCCCCAGGCCUCAGUAUCCACGACAGGGCCAGACUGACCUCCGCCAGGAGGACCACCUCCACCAGGAGGACCUCCACCAGGUGAUACCUCCACCAGGAGGACCUCCACCAGAUGAUACCUCCACCAGGGGGACCUCCACCAGGAGGACCUCCACCAGACUGACCUCCACCAGGAGGACUUCCACCAGGAGGACCUCCACCAGGUGAUACCUCCACCAGGAGGACCUCCACCAGGGGGACCUCCACCAGACUGACCUCCACCAGGAGGACCUCCACCAGACUGACCUCAACCAGGAGGACCUCCACCAGACUGACCUCCACCAGGAGGACUUCCACUAGGAGGACCUCCACCAGAUGAUACCUCCACCAGGAGGACCUCCACCAGAUGAUACCUCCACCAGGAGGACCUCCACCAGACUGACCUCCACCAGACUGACCUCCACCAGGAGGACCUCCACCAGGAGGACCUCCACCAGACUGACCUCCACCAGGAGGACCUCCACUAGGAGGACCUCCACCAGAUGAUACCUCCACCAGGAGGACCUCCACCAGACCGACCUCCACCAGGAGGACCUCCACUAGGAGGACCUCCACCAGAUGAUACCUCCACCAGGAGGACCUCCACCAGGAGGACCUCCACCAGAUGAAACCUCCACCAGGAGGACCUCCACCAGAUGAUACCUCCACCAGGAGGACCUCCACCAGAUGAUACCUCCACCAGAUCAUACCUCCACCAGGAGGACCUCCACCCGACUGACCUCCACCAGGAGGACCUCCACCUUACUUUAUGAACCUUACUCCCUGAAGGCUGAGUCUCUUUUAAACCCUCAUUAAGACACUCGACAGUGAGUUGAACACAGGGUUAGGGUUAAACCAGGGUUAGGGUUAGGGUUAAACCAGGGUUAGGGAGUUAGGGUUAGGGUUAAAACAGGGAUAGCGAGGUAGGGUUAGGGUUAGUGAGCGCAGGAAUACGAUUAGUGAGCGCAGGAAUAAGUUUUCUUUAAACCACAUCUACCUUCACAAUCAGCACUUUUCCAUGGACAACCUUAAUACUGUGAUUAUUAUGGUCUGUCGGAACAGUGGAGUUAUAAACAAAAAUGUGUGCUUGUGUGUGAACCCUAACCCUAAUAUACCGUAGAACUAUCAGUACCCUGCUGAGGGAGGUUAGGGUUAGGGUUAACCCUAACCCUAACCCUAAUAUACCGUAGAACUAUCAGUACCCUGCUAAGGGAACUAGCCCUAAACUGUUAGAAUUAGGGACUAAAGUAAUGCUAACUCUAAUAUAACUAUUAAUACCCUGAUAAGACUGAGGGGACCAGCCCUGACGAGUUAGUAAUAGCAACACAAUCCUUACCUCAAGGGAUUUUCUUUCUUUACUUACUUUAAUAAUUCUUAUUGAUGUCGUUGUAACGAAGUGUCAAUCACAAGACGAUAGCCUGUGAAAUUUUGGACAUAGAAUAAACUAGACAUUAUUAGACUUUGGCAGAAUAAUGUAAAGGAACCUUUUAAUUAAUGUUUUAAGGUGGCCUUAUAGUUUCAUUUAAAGCUCAAUAGUUAAGAUGAAAUAGUUAAGAUCAAAUACGCAGAAAACCUCAGAUAAACUACAGCUGAUAUGCUUCUCCGAUCUCCAUGAAACAAAACCUCACAACACAGUACACACUGGCUAGCUGGAGGACCAAUCACAACAGAGUACACACUGGCUAGCUGGAGAACCAAUCAUAACAUAGUACCCACUGGCUAGCUGGAGAACCAAUCACAACACAGUACAACAGGGCUAGCUGGAGACUAGACCCAUCAGGGGACAUCUUAGACUGGGUACCCCCAGCCCAUUCUGCCGGCGAUUCAAAUUCAAAGGGUCUGGAGAAGAGCAAUACAUUUCUUUCUCCUUCCGAUACGUUUUUGCGGGAGCCAAUCACCAAGCUGGCUUUUCCCCCUGGGGCGCCAUUGGCUGGUUUAAGAAAAUGACGACAGGGAAGCGACGGCAAGCAGUCAAUUGCGUACAGAGUCGUUUGAACUAUGCCCGUUGAUCACACCUCUUGUGCUGCAGAAAAUGUCGGCUUAGCUCAGGAGGUAGAGCAGUUGCCUUGUAACCGAAAGGUUGCUAGUUCGAUCCCCAGCUCCUCCUAGCUGAGUGUUAAUGCGUCCCUGAGCAAGACACUUAACCCUAACUGCUCCUGACGAGCUGGCUGUCGCCUUGCAUGGUUGACUCUGCCGUCGGUGUGUCAAUGUGUGUAUUAACUGAUGUAAGUCGCUUUGGAUAAAAGCGUCUGCUAAAUGCCCUAAAAUGUAAAAAAGUCUCCCCAGACCAAGCUCAUAGAAUGAGCUUGGUCUGGGGAGCUUGGUCUCUAUGAGCUUGGUCUGGCACUAGCCAGGCUAGGGACAUAUAUGGAAUGGACUAUUUGGAGUAUUUUCUUUAUAGGACUUCUAGCCAAGCUGAAGACCACAUGGAUGUAGCCAUGGCAACCCUCAGCCUCGCCUGUGAUCGCUGGGCCCGGCGAGGUGGUAUGGUUCGGCUGGGGAGGUUGGAUGCACCUGAUCACCUCUUCAGACUCAACCCCUAACCCUAACCACUAACUAUCAGGUAGAAACCUCAGCUCUCCUUUAUGUCAUGAUAGCUCCUGUCAGCAUAAUAUGCAACCCAGCACAAGGGUUAGGGUUAACCCUAACCCUAACCCUAACAGCUACAUUCAGUAGGAGGGGCGGAUAACGUACAACCCCAGGAACCUGCUAGCACCCUGCACAACCUACUCACUAUCCCCGACCCACUAUCCCCCUCAUCACUGCUGGACUCUACUCACUAUCCUUCUACCCACUAUCCCCCUACUCACUAUCCCCUACUCACUAACCCCCUAAUAACUGCUGGACUCUACUCACUAUCCCCUACUCACUAUCCCCUACUCACUAACCCCCUCAUCAUGUGCUCAGUCACUGAUAUUUGAUAAAUUUGUCCAACUACCAAAGGAAUCAAGAAGACAAAGAUAGCUCCUCCAAGCCCUUCAGUAGGUCCAGUAGGUCUCCAGUAGGUCUAGGGUCUCCAGUAGGUCCAGUAGGUCAAGUAGGUCUGUAAAAGUUCAAUUGUGCUGUAAAAUGUCAAAUGAUUAUUCCGAUAAUUAUUUUAAUAGUAUUGAUUAUGCCAUCAAUUUCCAUUUAUCCAUGAUUUGCUAAUCAGUCAGUAUAGCUUUGAUUUUUCUUAUACAGUUAUGUUUAUUUGCAUAUAUAUGAAUAAUUUCUUUUUAUAAAUACCUUUAACCUUGAACAUAAGUAUAAUUAAAUGUUAAAUACAUAUAUGAACUUUCUGAAGAAUAUUUUGGUUAUACAUAAAGAUCAGAGAUUUUAUGCAAGUGGUACUUAAGACAAGUAGUGCCACCUUAAAGAGCCCAUGCCAUUAAAAUCACAUUUUUCCUA